UUUACAUAUAUUUGAGGUACUGGGAGGGUCCGACAACUGAACAGACCCCCAUUUGGCUUCGACAGAAAAUCCUGGACAGUGGUCUUUCCCCACCGCAGCUGCCCUACAACGGCAUACUAAGUUUUGUGGAAGCUGUCAUGUGGGGGACUAGUCGCAAAACCUGGAGAGCUGUCUCACAGCCAUACUGACUGAAUCACUGUCACUGACAUCGCCAUCACUGUCCCUGGGUAUUCUGUUAUGACAGACUCACCAGCCCAUGCAGCAUUUUAGUAUACAACUGGAAAGCUUUAGUCUUGCGUUGCAACAUUAUUUACUACUUAAAGGACCUUGGUUUGCACUUAUUGGCCAUUAACUUUGCUUAUAUGGUUACUUUUGACAGAUCUGCCAGAUCCAUGAUCAAUUCCAUGUUUGUAUUGUUAGCAAUGAGAAGAGCUCAAUGUGCACUCACUGCCCGAGGGUCUGGUAAAUGCAUAAUCAUUUCACGUAUUGAAGAAGUUUGGCAAAUGGUGGUAUGAGGGGCAUGUGCACAUCGAGACGAGCCCUCGCGUAUGGCACGAGGUGAGUUGCUGCUCUUCACUGCCAGCAGCAAUACUCGGGUUAAAUGGCCCUUCUUUCCGAGCUACAACCAUUCUCUGAUUAGGUGAAGAGUUGAGCUGUGCUUUCUCACCAGGUAACGAGUUGGACCGAAGGGUCUGUUUCCGUGUUGUACAUCUCUAUGACUCGAUUUCUAACCCCCGGGGCUGUUAUAACCAUUGGAUGCUAACUGUUGCUUGAGGCCCGCGUUGGAUUGAAUUGUCACAUGUUGUCCUGCUACUGAGAUCGCGGUGACGCGAGCUAUUUAUUUGGAACUAUUUUUAAUGCACUAACAGGGCGGUUCAUAUAUCUUGCUAUAUAUAAAGUGAUUAAUGCUGCUGCUAAAUCUGGAUGGGUGCUAGUUAACCCUACACACUCCUUAAUCCGUGCAUUUUCUUUUGUUUAGGACAGCAAUGUUUCUUAUAUGAAUCAGAAUACCAGGUACAGAGUAAAUAAAGGUGUAUAGAUUAAAUUUUGUCUAUCAUAAUGCUUCGGCCUGAGGGAAUGGACUUUAUAAAUAGUUCUGGCCUCCAAGCCGAGGGUGAGAGCAAGUCUCAGAACUCGAUGGUGUUGCUUCCAAACGGCUGGAACAACGGAUGGUGUCAAAUGGCGAGAAUAUUUUCGAAGGCUCCUUCACCCAGUCUCAAUGUGGGCUGCAGCGUCCGUGCUUUAGGAAGGAAUGGAGGCUGACUUACUGCCUGCUCGCACCGCAUCUAUGUAAGUGUAGGUGGAGGCAGUGAGUAACAGAGUGCACUGGCCAAAGACCCAAAGCAGUUCCUUACGGCAGCCGAAGGCCGUGAGAGCAAGGUCACAGCUCAGGAAGUCUAGAAGAAUUGCUCUGUUGAGCGGAGGAGACAGGCUCGUAAAAUUGCCAUUUCAGGGGUAACUUCAAUUGUUGGACUCUGUGAGAUAGCUUCAUCCACCUCAUCCCAAUAUCCACCUUGUCACUAAGUUUGCUCCUGUAUUCUGCUUUCAGCCCACACCACAGAUACCAGAAGAUCAGAAUAAUCCGCGGGAAGAAAUCUCUAACCCUCUGCGUUCAUUCUGGCAUCUGGAAAGUCGCCCAGCCUUCAGGUAGAGAAGAGCCCAGCCCCUGCCAAUCCUUUCCAAACUGCUAACAGUGUCCUCUGCGGCUGUUCCGCGACUUGCAAUCUCCACAGCAAGAAAGUUGAGCUUUGGACGAAAAGGCAUUUGAGUAACCGGGGUGGCCACAAAACGGAUCUAUCUGCACUCGGUGUGAUGUUGACGAGGAGCUGCUCUGAGGCGGCUGCUCGCAGUCAGUGACUGUGCCCCAUGCUGUCUGUCUAACAGCACUGUCUAACUGCACCUAGUGGCUCUCAGACACCUCCGCCUAUGCCCUCUGCUCAGGAAAAGAGGUGAGAAAGGCAAAGCGAGCGAGUGCUGGGGGAAGCGAUGGCUGCAGCUCUCCCUAAAUGAGCGGGGCGGUGCUGCAGCGUGGGCCCCGGCCUGGCUCAGAUUGUCCUUGCAGCCAGUUGCAGGGCAUGGCCAGCGGGAACAGCUCGGUGUGGGAGGCGCUGCUGUUACUGCCUGCUCAGGCCUCCUGCCCCAGCUGGAGGCACAGCAUGGAGGGCUCGGUCUACCAGCUCGCCAACAUCUUCUUCACCCUCGGCUACAUGGGCGGCAGUGGCCUGGUCGGCCUCCUGUACAUCCACCUGUUCCUGGCCUCCGGUUUCCUCUGCACCUCGGUCUGGGCGUGGACCGACGCCUGCGCCGCCGAUAUCUUCUCGUGGAACUUCGCGCUGCUGGCGGUCUCCGCCGUCCAGCUCAGCCACAUCGCGUACCAGCUCCGCAGUGUCUCCUUCCAGCACGACCUACAGAAUCUGUACGGAGCCCUCUUCCAGCCGCUCGGAAUCCCCCUGAGCAUCUACAAGAAGAUCGCCACUUGUUGCACCGUGCUCUCCCUGGAGAAGGAUCACUGUUAUGCCAUGGAGGGCAAAACCCCCAUUGAGAGGCUCUCGCUGCUCCUGUCUGGCAGGAUUCGGGUGACGGUGGACGGGGAGUUUUUACAUUAUAUCUAUCCCUAUCAGUUUUUGGAUUCUCCAGAAUGGGAUUCACUCAGACCGUCAGAGGAAGGGAUCUUCCAGGUGACCCUAACAGCCGAGACCAGCUGUCGCUUCGCAGCCUGGAGGAGGAAGAAGCUGUACUUGUUGUUCGCCCAGCACCGCCGCAUUUCCAGGCUCUUCUCGGUCUUGAUUGGGAAGGACAUUGCCGACAAACUGUACUCACUGAAUGACAAGGUGUGCCUGAGUAACGGGCUGCGCUAUGACCUGCGGCUGCCGAGCUUCUACCACCUGGCGGUGCCUGUGGGGGAGCUCUCAGAGAGGAACCCCCCCGGGCAGCAGCAGCAGCAGCAGCAGCAGCUCUGAGGCGCCUUCUUCCCCAACCCCCACGGCCUUCCAGCCUCCCGGGGAGGGGGAUGCAGCUCCGCGCCCCUCCUCCCACCUGCCCGCAGCCCCUAGACCCCGUCUUGGGGGCGGGAGAGGGGAAGGGGAACUGAGGAUGGGAAUGAGAGAAGCGAUCAGAGAUUUACCUUGUGAUUGACUCCCCACCCUCCCACUCUUUUGAAAGAUGUAAAGUGGGGAGGGGGGCAAACAAGAGAGGGGUGUCUGCCCUUGGCCAGCCAAGUGCCAGAGCGGUGGUGUGUUCCUGCGAGUGACAGUCGAACAUUACAGAGUCAGUGCCCCCUUCUGAGUGUCUUGAGUUCGGGUCUCCGCUGACUUUUAGUCUCUCUUGGUGAAAUAUGUGGGAAGGAAGUCUUUUUUUCUUUAGACAAGCUGCCGUGCAGUGUGGAAAUUGGCGAGUGUGUGUGUGAGAGAGAGAGAGAACAUUGCUGCUCUGUGCACUGACAGUCACCCCACUCCCAGAGCCGCAAUGGAUCCUUGACUCUCUGCGCCUUCCUGCUGCUGCUUCGCUCUGGGAUUCCGUGUCUUUUCCCCUUAACAGCAGCCUGGGCUGGGCACACUUACAGCACGGCUGAAAGGACAGACUCAGACUCUCCUGGACAGGAGGAUUAAAUGAAGCUCAGGUUGGAACUUCCUGAUGGUUUCGUUGACUUCACUUCCCGCUUUAUUGUCCAGGGAGACCAAAUGAUGUGGGGAAGGUUCGACGCUGAAUUUGCACUGAAUAACGUCCAAGGACGGCUUCCAUUAACCGAGAGAUAUUGCCUGUUCAGUUGCUAUCAAUAAUUACAUUUACUGUGAAAGAGAAAGGCUGCAUCCUUGAUUUUAUUUUGGUCAUACAAUACAUUAAUGGUGGUUACUGGACAUAGGCGUUCAAAGUAAUCGAUGUAAUUGGCACUUUCCGACGAAAGCUGUUGAAUCAAAAUAGCGUUAAAAGGAAAGACGGUGUUGGAUCAAUCCCCAGGAUUGCCAGUAAACGAUCAGAAAUGUUCCGGCAGGUUAGAUGCAAUAUCAAAUGACAAUCAGCGCUUUGGUCCCGAGAAUUGACUGAACUAUAAAGGUCCCUUCUGGAGAAUCCCUCAGCUGAAGCAGUAGCUGUGAGCACCAUCCAAUUCCCAGUUGCUUAGAAACACAAAGCAAUUAAAAGUCUUAUUUCAUAAAGCCUGAAAGGGGUAGAUUUUUGUUUCGUUUGGAAUUUGAACCAAAGAGCAAAUGGGUUUCGAGACAGAGUCCCCGUCCAGUAUUGCCGCAUUAAAACUCCAGGGAGUGCUGAAGCCAUCGUGCCCAGGGGCAUGUUCCUUCAAAAUUGAAAAUCCGAGGCCAAGGGACUUUCAGUUUCCAGCCACAGUAAAGAGCGAAACGAAGGUGACGCGUCAGGAAUUGGUUUGUCAAAGUUGCAAAGCUAGGCUGGAGGCUUAAAAAAACCCGAGAAAUGAAUGAAAGGGAAACACUUGAGGGAAAUAAAUUGUUCUGAAAUCUGGGAAAGAAACGGCCAGAUAGCGACUGUGCCCCCAGGCUAGGGCCAAUAGCAUGACUAUCAGGAGAAUCGACGUUUCGGGCAUCAGCUCUGAUGAAGAGCUUAUGCCCGAAACAUCGAUUCUCCUGCUCCUG